AUGGCACCCAAGAUUUUCAUCACCGGCGUUACCGGCUACAGCGGAGGACAACUUCUCCACACGAUGAUAGCAAGACACCCAGAAUACCAUAUCACAGGACUAGUCCGCAACCAGGAGAAGAAGCAGCUAGUUGCCUCCAAAUUCCCGACUGUCCACUUGGUCCUUGGGGAUCUGGACUCGCACGAGGUAAUUGUUGAGCAGAGCAAGCAAUCAGACGUCGUGAUUCAAGCAGCAGAUGCAGACCACCUCGGCGUCAUCAAGUCCAUCGCCCACGGCAUCUCGGAAGGCAACAAGAACGGCGCGUACAUCCAGAUGUCCGGCGCAGCCAGCAUCUUCGACACGUCCCCGGGCCUCGGCAACCCGUCUCCCAAGAUCUGGGACGAUGUCGCGGACCUGCAGGAGAUCACGACCUUUGACCAAACGCAUUUUCAUGCCAGCUCCGAUCAGCUCCUCUUUAGCGAGGCCAAGAGACUCGGUAUCAGGACCAUCCUAUUCGCACCGCCGUAUAUCAAUGGCAGGAGCGAGGGCACCACUGCGUGGAAAGUCGGGUUGGCGGGCGUGCCGGACCUCGUGGCUGCUAUCAAGAAGCGCGGGAAGGGCUACACGGUCGGAGAGGGGAAUAAUAUCAUUACCACUAUUCAUGUGAAGGAUGUCGCCGAGGUCAUAUUGCUCUUCACCGAGUCGGGGCUCGGUGAGGAUCAGAGCAAGGUGGAAUGGGGGGAGAAAGGAGUAUACUAUGCGGAGAACGGGCAGACAGCGUGGAGAGAAAUGGUAGCUGCGACGGCAAAGAGGAUGGCGGAUCAAGGUACCAUCGAGACCGCAGAGCUGGACAAUCUGACCGCGGAAGAGGCUGACAAAGUCUACCCUGUUGCUCGCUUCUGGGGAGGAAACUUCCGGGUCCAGGCGACGAGACUUCGCUCUCUUGGCUGGGAGCCUAAGUAUCCUUCCGCCGUUGAGACGAGUAUGGCGGAGAUGGGUCCAGGACAACAAAAGGAUCCCGAUGGCGCCAGUGCCGCAAUGGCAAAGGCCUUGGGCAUCGAAGAGCUGCUCGAAGGUAUCCUUCUCAACCUCGACAUGAAGACUCUGCUGCUCAGUCAGCGGGUUAGCAAAGGCUUUCGGUCCACCAUCGCCGCGUCUACGCGCCUGCAGCAGGCACUCUUCUUCGCACCCAUUGGAGACAGCCACGCGGACGACAGAAGAUUUCCUCUCAGAAACAAUCUCAUCACCGCCCGUAUCAUCACAGUCGACAAAAUCGGAUCCAGCAUCUUCAUGUUUAAACCAUGGUCCUCGGAGGGGGAAGAAGGACGGCUUCCCAAGCUACUGGAUCCGGUGUGCAUUCAUUAUGAUCCAGGUUACGAUCCAAGCGGCGAGCUUGAAGCGCAGUCAGACCCGCCAGUUGGCAGCUGGCAGAAAAUGCUCUUGACCCAGCCUCCGGGGGCUUUACCCAUCCAGGCUGAAGCUGAAGAUCCCAAUAAUCAGGUCCCUCUCGUGGAGAUGGUGGGUGAGAAAGAACAUCUCGAGUUGCGGACUUUGGGAAACGUCGUUGGGAAACGUCGUACGGAAAGUGCAAGCACUCUUAUGGAUUGA